GAGCGGGGGGGUCCCAAGCAGGAAUGCACCAAUGCGGCGCGGGAGGGGCGUGGUUGUCAUGGCCACAGGACUGGGACGCCGAGGCCUAGCACAGGACCCGGGCCCGGCGUUUCUUCUCCGCUGUUGCUACUGAUUCCUCCGGUUCCCCAGCACUCCUGGAGACCGCCGCGCCCGGGGGCCAGCGUGCCGGUCUCUCUCCAGCAGCCUGUCCCAGUAGGGCGUUCCCUCCAUCCCAGGCUUGCUGACCCCAUCUCUUCCUGGCCGGGUGGCCCCGUUGUUCCCGGGCCGUGUCCCACACCAUGGCUCACCUCCUGGGCCACCGCGGCUGCAUGGAGAGCCUGCGGGCCGACCUGCGGGACCUGCAGGCCGCCAUCGCCGACGUGUCCUCCCGGACCGGCGCCGUGCGCUUCCCCUCCUGGAAGUUCCCCGACAAGGUGUCCUGCGAGCUGGACAUGUCGGUGCUGCUGCAGCGCUACAGGCACAGCGACAGCGAGCCCCAGUUCAGCCAGCACGCUCAUGUGGUGCUGCUGGAGCUGCUCAUAGACAGGCUGCUGCUGCUGCUGCAGAGCUUCACUGGCUAUGCCGAGACGCUGCUGAGCGGGCGAGCGGUGCCGCUGGCGCGGGGCCUGGGGCCCUGCAUGUCCGCGGGGCUCACGGCCAGGACCUUCUGGAGCACCAUGCUCAAACUUGGGGCCUUCUGCCAGCAGCUCCAGGAUGAGGAGAAGGUUUGCAAGCGGGAGAUCCCCACACAGCAAUCCACUCCACCUUCUGCUCCCCAGGCUGGGAAAUAUCAGAAGGAGCACCUUAAAUGCCUCUUGCCGGAUGUUUUGGAGUCAGGAACUGCCCCAGAGGCUGCCCAGUCAUCUGUGUGCCCAUGUCCAAGUGUCCAUGUGCCGGCCAGCUCAGACAGCUCCCAGCCCAGGGCUGGCCCCAGCCUGGCUCCGAGCACCCGCAGUGUCCCCACGCAGACUCCAGGGUCACCCCUGGGCUCCUGUGACACCUGCUCCAGCACCCAGGCCAGCCUCCACGAGGUGAGCAGAGCCAUCACCAGCAUCUGCCAGAGCCAGAACAUCCCCUCUGCUCUCAGCAAAUUCCAGGAGGUGCUGAAGGACAGCGCAGAGAGAAGGAACCUCUCUGCAACAGACAUGAGCUACUGGGCCUCGGAGCAGAGCAAGGCCCUCUCCCGGAUCAAUAAACACCUCCAGGGGCUGCUGCAGCAGGUGAACCCCCUGAAGGCUGAGCUGGAAGAGAUGGGCAAACAGGAGGAGAAGCUGCAGAAACAGGUUGAGGACUUUUCCAGGAAGCUGCAGGCAGAGAAGGACGCCCGAACAGAGCAGCAGAGGAAGGCUGAGCAGAGCCUGAAAGCCAAGGACAAGGAGCAUUCCGAGGCUGUGGCCAGGCUGGAGCAGGACAAGGACGACCUCCGGAGAGGAGCUGCUCUGCUGGAGGAGCGACUCUCAGCCCUGAAGGAGGAGCUGGCAGCGAAGCAGGUGGCUGUGCAGGAGCUGGCAUCUCACCCCUACCCAGCCUGGGCCAUGGUGGCUGUGUCUUCCCAGAGCUCUCCAAGACCACCUUGCUGGAAAGGAUGACCACAAUGGUGGCCCGGAGCCAGGUGCUGGAGCUGGAGGAGAAGGUGCAGGUGCUUAUAGGCCAGAGGGACAGCCUGCACCAGGAGCUGA